AUGAACGCGACUGAGACAGCAGGCAAAUCUAACGGAGAUCGAUGUAAAUUGCGAAAGACAGAAAUGAACGGGGCGCAGCAAAGGCGGCCUUCGGCUGCUGAAUCUGAGAUAAUCGUGGAAUCUGAGGACUUUCUGGGCUCAAAAAACGGACGUUUGAGGGAAACUGGAAACACGCAAUGGGCUGAGGCACAUAGUUUGCAAAUAAAUUUUGGUUCCGGGGGCGGAUCUACGGAUUUUCGGCCUGGAUACACAGAACAGGACACUGCGGCUGCGCUCACAUCUGGAUUAUCGGUGAUGCUGGGCCGUCCAACGCACUUAAAGCGCGACUAUUUGUGCUAUCGCUUGAUUCUCGGCUAUUUUUCUCGCUCGAACACCGACAACUCUCCCUCGAGGGCUCGUUCUUGGUGUUUAAAACUCGUUUUAAUGCAGUAG